AUGGCCGGACGCAUGCGUGUGUACGUGGGAGGUCUUCCCGAUGAUGCCGACAAGCGUGAGCUUGAGGCCGAGUUCUCCAAGUUUGGCCGCCUCCAGGAUGUGUGGGUCGCCCGCAAGCCUCCUGGCUUCGCCUUUAUCGAGUUUGAGAACGACAUGGACGCUCGCGAUGCUGUGCGUGAGCUCGACGGCCGUGAACUGUGCGGCAACCGCGUUCGCGUCGAGAUUGCUCGCGGUGGUCGCCGUGGUGGCGGCGGUGGCGGUGCUCCGUAA